UAUUUGUGAUAUUAGAAGUGAAAAGAUCUUAUUCAAUCAAAUAUGCUUACAUAUUUUCCAGAGUUCUUGGGCUUCCUGUUGCUAUUAGUCAUCAUAAGCGAAGUGCGUCGCGCGUGGCGAGCGCGAAAGUACCCGCCCGGACCCUGGGGUCUACCCAUACUUGGCUAUUUACCUUUUCUCAAUAAGCGCGAACCGUACAAGACUCUGACAGAAUUAGCGAAAAGAUAUGGACCAAUAUAUUCGCUGCGGCUGGGUAAUGUGAAUGCAGUGGUGUUGGCGGAUGCGAAGUCGGUGCGUGAAUUUCUGAAAUGUGAGGAAUUUACCGCGCGCGCGCCACUCUAUGUAACACACGGCAUAAUGGGCGGUUUUGGUCUGAUCUGCUCUGAAGGAGCGCUGUGGCGCAAUCAACGUAAGCACAUCAUUGACUGGCUGAAAGACUUGGGGAUGACAAAAAAGCAAUGCAAUGCGCGUAAAUCAAUGGAAUGGAGAAUAAAAAUUGGCGUUGUGGAAUGUCUGAAGUCCUUUAGCAGUGAUUCCAAAAAGCCUUUGCCUUUCGAUCCACAUCCCGUGCUACAGCAUACACUGGGCAACAUCAUCAACGACUUGGUGUUUGGCGUGAAGUAUGCACGGGAUGACGUCACCUGGAAAUAUUUGCAGCAGUUGCAGGAGAAGGGACUGAAGUUGAUUGGUGUCUCAGGUGCAGUGAAUUUCUUGCCUUGGUUGAGAUUCUUACCUUGGAAUUUACGCUCCAUACACUUUCUACUCGAGGGCAAAGCACGUACGCAUGAAAUUUACAAUAAACUCAUUGAGAAACGUGAAAAGUCUUGGGAAUAUCGAAAGUCUGUCACCGAAGAGAGUUUUAAUAUAUUAGACCAUUACAUUGAUGAACGUAUGCGACGCGAGUUGUCUGAUAAUGCUGCAGAGCGUCUGUCAACCGAUGAGUAUUAUACACAAGCUCAACUGCUGCAUCUGCUGGCCGAUAUGUUUGGCGCUGGGCUAGACACAUCGCUGGCAACACUGCGCUGGUUUUUGAUCUACAUGUGCAAGUAUCAAGUGUUGCAAGAGGAGUUGAGAGCGGAACUCGAGGACAUACACGAUAGCGAUUUCGAUUUGGAUCACCUGGAACAGUGUGACUUAUUACGCGCAUACAUAUCGGAAACUCAGCGCAUACGCUCCGUUGUGCCAUUAGGUAUACCGCAUGGCGCCAUAAAGGACUUCAGUAUUGAUGGUCAUUUGAUACCGAAAAAUUGCAUGAUUAUACCUCUUCAGUGGUCGCUACAUAUGAGUCGACUGACAUGGCCUGAACCAGAACUUUAUUGGCCUGGCAGGUUUUUGGAUGAAGAUAAUCACUAUCGCACGCUGCCAGAUUUUAUGCCAUUCCAGUCAGGAAAGCGCAUGUGCCCCGGCGAGGAACUUGCACGCAUGAUUCUUUACCUAUUUGCCGGCCAUAUAAUACGCAACUUCCACGUCAAGCUGGCGCCGGAGUACGAAGGUAUGAGCUUGAGGGGUGAAAGUGGCAUAACAUUAGCUCCAUUGCACUAUGAGAUCACGGCAAAGCCUAUGCGCAAUAUGAAGGAUAUACUGGCUAGUGACGACAUGGGAAUGUACAAAGAUGUGCCGGUGAAAACGGAUAUCAAAUCAAACACAAUUUAAAUUGGAUUUACUAAAAUUUCUUGUUUUCUUUAAUGUACUUUGUAUGCAAAUACCUUUCAUAAUGUUUAUAUGUGCAUGUUUUGUUUUUGUUUGUCUUUUUUUUUUUUGCUUGCUUAAUUUUUUUCUUUCACAAAUUAUGUAAAUACAUACAUAUAACUUUGAUAUUCUUGCUGCAC